UAGUAGUAAUCGUAGGGAUAGUGAAAAUGAAGUGAAACAUGUUGAACGAGCCUCUAUUAGCUCUUCGGUGUAUAGUAGUAGUGGUGUUAUCAGCAGUAAUAAACGUGAUUCGGAAGCCUCUUCGGCAAACGACGACAAUGAAAGCAAAAUUAAAAAACAAUUAUCAAUUAGCUCUUCUAUCUACGAAGGAGUCUCGAAUUACAACUCUUUAGACGAGGAAGACGAAGAAUCGAGUGAUGUUUUGUUGGAUACAGCAAUUAAAGAUUCUGUUGUAGCAAAAGAACAGCCAGACACUGAAAAUCAUAAUCAUACAAGUGAUCUCUCGUCAGAUAAUGAGGAAUUAUCGGAGAACACUAAAGAGAUUGUUGAAUUGAAGAAUGAAAGUGACUUGAAAGUUGACGUUGACAAAACCGAAAAUGAAAAAGUGGAAGAACACAAUGACAAUGAGUCAUCUAGUAUAUUUAUUCCCAGUCAUCUAGACUCUCCCGGUGAAGCUGUUGCUUCUUCCAAAUAUAUUUCAGAAUCUAGUAUUGAUAGUGCAAAUUUGACAACUAGUCCUACGUUAAGUGAAAGUUUCUCGAAAGAACCAGAGAAUAAUUCGAGCACGUCUUCAUCUUUAUCAUCUUACUCUUCUAAUUUUUCACAUGAAAGAAAAUCAUCGAAAUCUAGUGUCUCGUCAAUAUCUUCGCUUCAACACGUAGAUCUAAAGAGACCUAUUGCAAUUGAAGUUAUCGAGGAAAUAGAGGAACAACAACAACUAGAACAAAAGGAAGAAUCAAACAAUCGAAUGUCUGUUGCUUCUCUGGGAGAGAAUCCUCAUUUGAAUGAGAUUUCAUUGGAUGAUGAUACAGAGCAAGAGGAAGAAAGCGUCGGAUGGAGUUUCUCAAAAAAUCUUCAAGCACCUGUUAAAUCUUUAACUUCAUUUAUUAGCUCGUUCUCUUCUCCUUCAACUCCAACUACUGAAAAUCUUCAUCAUACUGAAGACGCCGAUAGUCACGGGGAUACAAUGAACCCGAAAACACCUACUUCAAGUCGCUCUUUUACUUCUUUGUUCAGCUUACGUUCUGGACACUCUUCAACAACAUCCGUUCCCGAAACUGACAUGCGUCGUUUAUCUAACGCGUCAUUAAUAUCUCAGAAUUCAAAUUAUGAUUUAUUAUUAAAUAAAAUAGAUAAAGAAAAUGAAAUUAUGACAACAAAUCCACGAGCGAGAAGACUAUCAUUGCAAGGAAUGGAAGAAAUAAAGAAAAGUUUCGAACGUGUGCAAAAUAAUAUCACGGAUAAAGAAGCGGUCGAUAAUAUUGAUUGGGACUUUUGGGGAUUGAUUAUUUCCGACUAUGAAACAGUCGCCAAGUCACAACCUCGUCAACUAUCGCGAAUGAUUCAAAAAGGAAUUCCACCAGCAUUAAGAGGAAUGAUAUGGCAACUGAUGUCGAAAUCAAAAGACUCCGAGUUAGAGUCUACUUAUGCACAACUCCUCAAAGAGACCAGCGUUCACGAGAAAUUGAUUAUGAGAGACCUGAAUCGAACUUUUCCUAAGCAUGAAUAUUUUCAAGACCAGAAUGGAAUUGGUCAAGAAGGAUUAUUUAAUGUGGUGAAAGCUUAUUCGUUGUUUGAUAAAGAGGUUGGCUAUUGCCAGGGAAUAUCUUUUGUUGUCGGGCCAUUAUUACUUCACAUGCCAGAUGAAGAAGCAUUCUGUGUUCUUGUUCGCCUUAUGACUUUUUAUAAUAUGCGAGGACAUUUUCUACCGGGUAUGGAUGGCUUGCAACUUCGUCUUUUCCAAUUUGAUCGCCUUGUGGAGGAGAUGCUUCCCAAGGUUCAUCAACACCUUCAGGCACAAGGUGUUAAUUCAUCCAUGUACGCAUCACAGUGGUUUAUGACCCUCUUUGCCUAUAAAUUCCCGCUGUCCCUCGUAUUGAGGAUUUAUGAUACAAUAUUCACGGAAGGCAUUGAGGCACUUUUCCGAUUUAGCAUUGCAUUGCUAAAGAGGAACGAAGAUAGACUUGUACAUAUGGAAUUUGAAAAGUUAUUGGAAUUUUUGAAGAGUGGACUAUACACCAAUGCUUACCAAAUCCGAAUAACCAUAAAAAAACUCCAAAAAUAUCAACAACAAUACCUCGCCUAUCAAGAAACCGAGAGACAAGCAAGAUCCGCUGAAACAAUCGCCAUGGAACGACUACGUGUCUCCAACAAUCAACUGUCGCAACAAGUCAAACAAUUAGAGGGCUCUUUACAAACGCUUAACCGAGAGCACAUUGAUCUUGCCAACGAACUGAUAAACACAAAGAUUGAAUUGGCUAAAGUAAAGGAUGAAAAUGAUACGCUUCAUCAUACUGUCAGUGAUCUUCGGAAAUCAUUGGAGGUUACUCCCGUACAGGUUGAAAAUCGGGUACGCGAAGAGAUGAACUCUUUAGCGUCGAAGAAUAUGGAGUUGGUUACUCGUAAUACGCAGUUAGAAGAUCAGUUGGCUAAUUUAGAAAAUAUGUUGAUUGAGAUUAAAAUGCGAUAUGCGGAAAGCGAGAACGAGAGGGAAGUCUUGAGACGGAAAUGGAAUGGACUAAAAAAAGCAUUGG